UAUUGGUUUCGUACACUCUGAGCCGCCGGCUCCGUCCCGAGAUUGCCCUUCCGUCUCUCCAUGUCAGCAGCAUCCAAGCCUCCAUAUCAGCACCGAUCGAAAAUCUAAACUUCCCCAAAAGACACCCCACCCGACAGUCGUCUUUCUUCACUCUCUCGCACAGCCGAACCAAAGAACCCUGUAUAUUUUUCAAAAAUUUCUCUCUUUUCAGUUCAGAAGCCCUUAAUCCCAAACUCCAAUCUACAUUUUUCUUUCUUCAGCCCCUUCUCCUCUCAAAGUCCUGACCAUCCGAACCCAAUGGUACCAAUUUUCCCAGAACUUCAUGCUUUCAUUUUGCCCUAACCCCACCGUGUUUCCAGCCAACCACAUCCUCGUCAGGUUCGUCCUUUGGGUCCCAUCUAUUUUCUUCUUACAGUGCUUUCAUUUGCUGUCAGAAAUCACACCAUUUUUUCUCUAAGAUUUGCGGACACAUAUAGUGAGUGUUUUGGGGUGAGAAAGACACGUUUUUGCUAGACAUUGAGAGGAGUGAGUGACAGAGGGACUCGCAUUUGUGGGGCUGAAGGCUCAGAUUUUCUCUCUCGAGAGAAUUGCUCAUAUUGGCCGAGUAUUCAACAAAUACAAGCUUUUAAGGAUGUUGCCUAUUGAUGCUGAAAAAAGGAUCUCUUUCAAGCGUUGCAUUAGUGAUGGAGAUUUGGUUAUAGUGUAUGAGAGGCAUGACAAUAUGAAGGCUGUUAAAGUGUGUGAGGGUUCUACACUACAGAACCGCUUUGGUGUAUUCAAACAUUCGGACUGGAUUGGGAAGCCCUUUGGGUCCAAGGUGUUGAGCAACAAGGGUGGAUUUGUUUACUUGUUAGCUCCAACUCCUGAGUUAUGGACUCUUGUUUUAAGCCACAGGACCCAGAUUCUCUAUAUUGCGGACAUUAGCCUUGUGAUUAUGUACUUGGAAAUAAUUCCUGGUUGUUUGGUUCUUGAGUCGGGCACUGGAAGUGGAUCUUUGACUACUUCACUUGCAAGGGCUGUAGCUCCUAAUGGGCAUGUCUAUACAUUUGAUUUUCAUGAACAAAGGGCUGCUUCAGCUAGGGAGGAUUUUGAGAAAAUAGGAUUGAGUAGCUUCGUCACUGUGGGAGUGAGGGACAUUCAGGGUGAGGGAUUUCCUGAUGAAUUUUCUGGGCUGGCGGAUUCCGUCUUCCUAGACCUACCACAACCUUGGUUGGCCAUUCCUUCCGCUGGAAAAAUGUUGAAAGAAGAUGGGGUAUUGUGCUCUUUUUCACCCUGCAUUGAGCAAGUACAACGCUCAUCAGAAACUCUUACUUCAAAUUUUACAGACAUAAGGACAUUUGAAGUGCUUCUUCGCACAUAUGAAGUGCGAGAAGGAAAAAUGGAUUGCAGCCAGGGUAAUGAAGGCGGUUUUCUUGGUCCUCGCCCAGGAAAGAGGAGGCAGCGCUCAGGUGAAGCAAGCAAUGAGGGUGAGAUCCCCACAUCCACCACAGUCAUGGCUAGGCCAGCAGCUGAGGCCAGAGGACACACAGGCUUUUUGACAUUUGCAAGGCUAAAGUGUCUCUCAUUAAGAGGUGGCACCUCUCCUCUCCCCCCCCUCCAUUUAUGACUGGACUAUUGUACCCUUUUUACCCUGUCCAGACCAGGCCUAAUCCAUUAGGAACCCCCCCUGAACACCCAAUGUUCAUUUGAAAGGAGGCCUUAAUAGAAAAUUUUGGUUGAUUCUUA